GCCAGCUACCAGGAGGGUUGGGUAAAGCGUCAUCGUGCGGGGCUUCAUCCCCGCGGUUUCGCGCCAGGACGGGUGGGGGAGUUCGGAUCUUCUAGCAAUCCCGGUCAGUCCGGCUGGCGUUGGCAAGAGAAAGCGUGGGAGUGCAAACUUGUAUGGCGCUGCGCACGGAGGUGUGGCAGCGCUCUUUGGAGGUGGCGAGGCCACCACGCGCACGCGCGCAGGGUCUCAUCGCGCACCCGGGGCAGAUCUCCGCCAUCUCGGUAGACUACCAAGGGCAGUAUGCAUUUACCUGUGGCGGGAACGACCUUACCGUGAACCAGUGGCGCAUCAACCCCCAGCCAGUGGCCAACGCCAACGUCGCUGGCGGCCAGGGCAUUGAGCCCUUCGUGAAGCUCCUGGACGGCGGGGAAGAGGGGGAGUUCUUCUCUGACAUGAAGGACUACUUCUACUAUUCACAGAUUAGGUCCCAGGACGAGAACACAACAAAGGCGCGCGUAUUGGAUGGGAUGAUCCCCGUGGAGGAGAUUCCCCACUUGAUGUGCGCCCUGGGGUACUUCCCAACACAGCUCGAGAUCAAAAAUAUGACGAACGAGGUGCGGUACUCCAAGUUCAGCGAGACGGGCGAAUACGUGGACCGCAUCGCAUUCGAGGCGCUUGUGAAGCUGUACGUGAACCAUCGCCCCGUGUUCGCCGUCGGGCCUGAUCAGAUUCAGCAGGCCUUCGAGGCCCUGAAGAGGCACGAGCCGGGGCCCCUCCCGCGCGAGCAGCUGCUCCAGCUGCUGUCUGGCCACGGCGAGAGGAUGCCCCUGGAGGAGCUGGCGCGGUGCUUGGACUCGCUGGUGGGGGACCCUUCUGGCGGCGCCGCCGAGGAGGAAGCGCAGUACCGCGUCCGCGACAUUUUGGAGGACGAGGUUGACGCCCUCGACUUCGCGCGGAAUGUCUUGGGCCUGGCGGACGGCGACCCAGAGGCCGGGGAGGCCGGCGGCGCGAUCGUCGAGGUUAUGGGCGACACCCAAGAAGCCUUGGGCGACUGGCAAGGCAGCCCGAACAUGUCGCCCGGCACCACCGCCUGAGGGGCCCGCGUACGCCUGUCCUCCCCAUUCGAGGCCUGCUUGCCUGCGCGCGCAUCCUAAGGAUUUGGCUUCUUGUGGCACCCGCCGUUCACCUCUUCGCCCUCAUUCUC